AUGAUAGAAGGGCUUCCAACGGAAGUACUGCAGGAACUUUCUGAGAUUCUCGACAACAUACACCCACCCAGCCUCCUGACCUUUGCACGAGCCAGCAAACGGUGUUAUGCUGUCGCAAGCACUAUCCUCUACCGUACGGUCAAAGUCACAGUCGCCGAUGGAAAACAGCGUUUCCAACAUGCGUGUGCUGCACGAGAGAGCUUGAGGAGAACGUACUUCUGGUGGAGGCUGGGGGAUCUCAAGAUCGAGGCCGAUGAGCGGAACACAGAAAACCCCAAGUCACUGGCAGUCCCUCGCGAACUCAUUCAGGUGGAUGGACCGAGGGUUCAUAUCCCGGUCCCAAUCGCCGUCAUUUACAAGGAAAUGGCUGGCGACUUGUCGACCAUGCGUGCUCUCAAGCUCAACGUCCCCCUCGCUCCUCAGGGACUGCCAGCACCAACCGAGUUUCCAUCACUCGCCACUUUGACCUUUACGUGCGUCGUAACUGCACGCAGCACCCCACCAGAAUAUUGGGACGAGGUCACCGCACUCCUGCGUAACCUUCCGCAUCUUACCACACUCCAAAUCAAAUGCUGGGACCGAGCCAUAUCAUUCAUACCCAGCCUUAGUCCCAACCUGCGGAAACUCGAUUUAGGCACGCUGUUAGUCCCAGGCAGUGCUCGCCUGCGCGACGAUCACAUCCACCAACUCGCAGAAAUCUGCCCCAACCUCCAGCAUCUCACAACCGAGAUCCGCCGCUCGCGCGGUGAUGCCGCCGAAGUAGAACGCUACAGAUCCUUGGGGCGUCUAUCCCGACUCCAGGAACUUCACAUAUACCUUGAUGCGUCCCCGCCCGAAUACCUACAGCCCACUCCGGACGGCACCACAAUCACGAGCCGCGAUACCGCCAUCGAGCCGUGGUUUGACGAGCAGGACACCAUUUAUCUGCCGGAACCUAUUGAGGCGUUCCGCGAGGGCCACGUACGUGACGUGCUGGUUAACAGCGCCAUCGACGCAUCGCUCGCGCUGUAUCUUCAAACUCGAUGGUGCCAAGCCAAGGAGAUCACCUGGUCGGGCGGCACCGUUGCCGCUGGAACAACUUGA